UGCAACUUGUUCUAAUAUUUUAUUACUAACACUACGACGUUUGACUUGCGAAGACUUGCAACAACAACAAAAAUCAAAGAGAAAGAAUUGGAGUUUCAUUUUGUUGUGAUUUCUUCUUGUUCUUCUUCUAAACUAAGAAACUAAUGGAGGCAAUUCAAAUUCAGCGAGAAAAACUCUUGUCACUCUCAACUUUUGUGAAGGUGUUAUUAGAAAACAAAGUUUUCACUUUGUUAGUCGAUAAGUUCAGGAAGCCGGAGCUUUUGAAUAAGAUGAAGAAAACACUGUUGGAUCUUCAAGAUGUACUGCUUUAUCAUGAUCUGGAAAAAGUAAUCCCUAAUCCAGAUGUCAACCAAUCACUGGAUUUGCUCAGACAUGCUGUCUUUCACGUUGCUUUUGCUUUUGAGGAAAUCAAUUUUUCAUGGUAUGAUAGUACCCCAACUAUUAUUACUAAGCAGCUGAAAAAUCUUGAAAGUUUAGAAUAUUGCAUUUAUGUGAUUGAUUCUAAUACAAUAAGUUUAUUUGAAAUAUUACAAGGCUUGAGUUCACAAGAACAACUAGCUAAAUUAACUAUUUUGGAUGCUGAAUCUUCUAUUUAUGGAAGAGAUGCUGAUAUUGAGAAACUUAUACAUCUUUUGUUGUCUAAUAGUAGUGAUGGUGAUAGUAAAAUUAGAGCCAUUUCUAUUGUUGGUAUGGGAGGGAUUGGUAAAACAGCCCUCGCCGGACACCUUUACAAUCAUCCUCAAGUUAACGAUAAAUUCGAGUUAAAACUAUGGGCAGAUUUCUCAACUGAUGUGGAUGAUUUCAGUGUUUUUGAAAACAUUCUUCAAUCUGUUACUUCACAAACAACCACAAGUAAUGAUACAACCAUUUACCCAAUUUUUUUGCUGGUAUUGGAUGGUGUGUGGGAUGCAAUAUCUGUCAAUUGGACAUUACUCAUGGAUAUCUUUAAUGCUGGGGAAACACACAGUAGGGUCAUCAUCACAACACGAGAUGAAAGAGUUGCACUAUCCAUGCAAAACUUUCUUUCUCUCCACUAUCUCAGACCCUUGAAAGUUGAAGAUUGUUGGUCUUUAGUUGCCAAACAUGCAUUUGGAGAACCUGGCUACCAACGAUACAAUCGAGAAAAAAUUGGCAGGAAAAUUGCUAAAAAGUGUGAUGGAUUACCAUUAGCUGCAAUAGCACACGGGGCUCUUCUUCGCAUGUUAUUCUUCCCAAGCAACUUGAAUCAUGUGCUAGAAAGUCACGUUCGGGAAAAAGCUUAUCAGGUGCUAGCUUCUCUCAAAUUGAGCUACAAUUUUCUUUCUGAUCCUUUAAAACGAUGUUUUGAGUAUUGUUCAAUUUUUCCAAAGAAGUCCAUCUUAGAAAAAAAGAUGGUAGUUCAGUUGUGGAUUGAAACGGGCUUAGUAGAAUCGUCAUCGUCCACAUAUCAAGAAAAAGUUGGAGAAGAAUACUUUGACGAGCUAGUGUCAAGAUCGUUGAUACACCGGCGAUCUAUUGGUGAUGAGGAAAGAAACUUUGGAAUGCACAACUUCAUCCAUGAUUUAGCAACAGAGGUUUCAUCUUCAUACCACAUCACUAUGCAAAAUCAUAACCUAGAUGAUAGGAUGCAGAAUUUCUCAUACAAUAGAGGGACAUAUGAUUCAUAUGACAAAUUUGAUAAAUUAUACGGAUUAGAAGGUUUGAGUACCUUCCUAGCAUUCCCAUUACAAGAACAAUUGUCUCUUUGUUUGCUAUCAAAUAAGGUAGUGCAUGACUUGCUGCCAACAAUGAAACAAUUGCGCGUGUUGUCUCUGUCAAGCUACAAAAGUAUCACCAAGGUUCCCGACUCUAUUGGAAAUUUGUUAUGCAUGCAGUACUUAAAUCUUUCUCACACUAAUAUUGAAAGGUUGCCUUCUGAAAUAUGCGAGCUUUACCGUCUACAGUUCUUGUUGUUGGCAGGCUGUAAAAGGCUCACUGAAUUGCCGGAGGACAUGGGAAAAUUGAUUAGUCUACGCUACCUUGACGUUAGUGACACUGCAUUGAGGGAGAUGCCGGUACAAAUAGCCAAACUUGAAAAUCUCCAAACUUUGUCUGACUUUGUUUUAAGCAAACAUAGUGAUGGAUUGAAUAUUGCAGAGCUAGGAAAACUUCCCCACCUACAUGGAAAACUUUCAAUCUCACAACUACAAAAUGUUAGUGACCCCUUUGAAGUAGAUCGAGCCAAUAUAAAGAUGAAAGAACAAAUAGACGAGUUAGCUUUGGAAUGGGAUUGUGAUAGUACUACUUUAGAUUCACAAAUUCAAAGUGUUGUGCUUGAAAAGUUGCGACCCUCAACAAAUUUGAAAAGUCUCACCAUCAAAGGCUAUGGUGGAAUCAGCUUUCCAAAUUGGUUAGGUGAUUUUCCAUUUAGCAACAUGGUGUAUUUGAAGAUCUUGAAUUGUGAUGAUUGUUUAUCGCUUCCACCCAUUGGAAAAUUGGGAAAUCUGAAAGAACUCGUUAUUGAAGGGAUGCAAUCAGUGGAGACAAUUGGUAUUGAGUUCUAUGGAAGUGGUGAUUCUUCGUUUCAACCAUUUCCCUCUUUGGAGAGUCUACACUUUGAGAAUAUGCAAGAGUGGAAGGAAUGGGACUUGAUUGGAGGUACGACUACAACGUUUCCUAAUCUAAAAACUUUAUCCCUAAGAAAGUGCCCGAAACUGAUAGCCGGAAACAUAACUGAAAAAUGUCCUUUCUUAACUGAACUUGAGUUAAGAGAAUGUCCUUUACUGGUGCAUUCAAUUCCAUUAUCUGAUCAUGUAUUCAGGCAACUGAUGUUCCCUCUGAAUUCUCUUCAACAGCUGACCAUAGACGGUUUUCCUUCUCUGAUGUCGUUCCCAACAGACGGUCUACCCAAAACCUUGAAACUUCUCAUAAUCAGCAACUGUGAGAAUCUGGAAUUCCUUCCUCACGAUAACUUGCAUAAUUAUACAUCACUUGAGGAAUUGAAAAUAUCUUAUAGCUGUAAUUCAAUGAUAUCAUUUACCUUAGGCACUCUCCCUGUCCUCAAGAGCCUGUUUAUUGAAGGUUGUAUAAAUCUGAAAUCGAUAUUAAUUGCAGAAGACGAGUCGGAAAAGAGUCUCUCAUUUCUUAGAAGCAUCAAAAUAUGGGAUUGUUAUGAACUGGAGUCAUUUCCCCCAGGUGAAUUGGCAACUCCAAACCUUGUUUAUAUUGCACUGUGGAAGUGUGAGAAGCUUCAUUCACUGCCAGAAGCAAUGAAUAGUCUAUCUGGCCUUCAUGAAUUGGAAAUUGAUAACUUACCAAAUCUUCAAUCUUUUGUCAUAGAUGAGUUACCUAGCAGUUUACGGAAACUGUCUGUUGGCUUUGUUGGUGGGAUUAUGUGGAAUACUGGGCCAACUUGGGAACAUCUCACUUGUCUCUCGGAGUUGCGAAUUAACGGCGAUGAUAUGGUGAACACACUGAUGGGGCCAUUGCUACCAUCAUCAGUUGUGACACUGUGCAUUUGUGGUCUUAAUGAUACAAGCAUUGAUGAGAAGUGGCUUCAACAUCUCACUUCUCUUCAAAACCUUGAGAUUAUUAACGCUCCCAAACUCAAGUCAUUGCCAAAGAAAGGAUUUCCUUCCUCACUUUCAGUUCUAAGUGUGACUCGCUGUCCAUUACUAGAAGCAAGUUUGCGGACAAAGCGGGGGAAAGAGUGGCGUAAGAUUGCUCACAUUCCCUCCAUAGUUAUUAAUGACGAAUUGAUCACAUGAGUCUUGUUCGGAACUACAUUUUGUGUCACCCCUGCAUCUUCCCAUUCUUGGUAUUGUAAGAAAGCAAAUUCACCUGGAAACCUGCCACCAAGUCCUGUAAUUGCUUUUCUGUUCAGCAAAUUCUCACUCCAAAUAUGUUGGGUGUUCUUUUUGUCUAUAUGAUAUAUUUCAAUGAGUUGGUUUUAAUGACUGUAUCAAACUUUUUUAACAUGGUUUAAAUUUUUCUCUAUUCUAUUAGUCUACUACAAAUCAUUUCUUUAUGCAUUUCCAUAUUUUUGUGUUUAUCCAACUGUCUUGACUUGAUAUUUUUUCAUUAUGUUACUGAAUUAGAACUUUUUCCCCGUCAUGUAUAACUGUUAAAGACAUAACUUUUUAAACCUUUUUCAGUUUUUUAAAAAAUAUGUGAUUUUUGGCAUGUUUUGUAUUGGGAAGGAUAUUUUAAAAGAUGUUGGCUUAUUCCUAUAGUUAAUGCCGUGGACCAUCAAAAUUGUUUGAGUAUUAAGUUUGUCCCAUUUUGUCACAUGAAUAAUAGUGUUCUUAUAUGGUGUGUGUCUGUUUACUCUAUUUAUCACCUUGAGUCUAUUACAUGAAAAUAGCCCGUCUGACACGUUGCCGUAGCAUAGAUCACUGUGAUGCAGCUAUUCUUGUUGGUGGUCAGUCAAUUAGGAUUUUAUCGCACGUCAUCCCUAUGCAAUAUGCACCUAUAGAAAAAUAUCAUCAUGCAGUGGGUUCUAAUCAUUUAGAGCU